UCCUUCCUUCCCUCCCUUCCUCCUUCUCUCCCUCCCUCCCAGCUCCUGCAUCAGGAAACGGCCGGGAUCCCGGCUGCUGCCUGACCCGGCUCCACGCUGGUGGCCGGGAGGAUGAAAGGCCCCAGCUGGAGGCUGUUUGCCACCAGUGCUGGGUCCUAAGAGCUGCCAUCCAGGCUGGCUGCCCGCAUGGCGACCCCAGCCUCAGCCCCAGACACACGGGCUCUGGUGGCAGACUUUGUGGGCUACAAGCUGAGGCAGAAGGGUUAUGUAUGUGGAGCUGGCCCCGGGGAGGGUGCAGCAGCUGACCCACUGCACCAAGCCAUGCGGGCAGCUGGAGAUGAGUUCGAGACCCGCUUCCGGCGCACCUUCUCUGAUCUGGCAGCCCAGCUGCAUGUGACCCCUGGCUCAGCCCAGCAACGCUUCACCCAGGUCUCUGAUGAACUCUUCCAAGGGGGCCCCAACUGGGGCCGCCUUGUGGCCUUCUUUGUCUUUGGGGCCGCACUGUGUGCUGAGAGUGUCAACAAGGAGAUGGAGUCACUGGUGGGACAAGUGCAGGAAUGGAUGGUGGUCUACCUGGAGACGCGGCUGGCUGACUGGAUCCACAGCAGUGGGGGCUGGGCGGAGUUCACAGCUCUAUACGGGGACGGGGCCCUGGAGGAGGCGCGGCGUCUGCGGGAGGGGAACUGGGCAUCAGUGAGGACAGUGCUGACGGGGGCCGUGGCACUGGGGGCCCUGGUAACUGUAGGGGCCUUUUUUGCUAGCAAGUGAGAGAGUCCAGGGCCAGGUGGGACUAGGUGUGGCUGGGGAACCGGAGAGCAGGAAGAAAACAGAGAAAUGCACUUGGAAGAAGUGGGGUGAAUGGAUGGGCAAGUAAUGGAGCGAGCAAGGGAAGGGCAGGGUGUGAGGGAGCUGAGUGUGUCACACAGGGGGAUGGAAGGGUGAGCUGGAAACAUUAGGGAAUGUAAUUGGAAAGAUCAGGGGGCCAGGAGGUGGCGUCAUUCCAGGGAUGGGGGCAGGUGGGAGGGAUCAUGCCUAUCUGUGGGUGUGGGCACACAACAUUGUACCUGGAGCUUGAUUUACAGCCCUGAGGAAGGGGAGCUUGCAUAAGGGAUGAGUAGGAUUUGGGGAGAACACAGGGCACAUCCCUUUGAAUGGAAGCUCGGGGUUCUCAGGUGUUAGGGAGAAGUGGCUGUGUGAGCGGGCUGCUUGGACACGUGAGUGCAUGUGCACGUGUGCUCGUGUGCAUGCUGGGCUGCUUGUCUAAUCUGGUGGUGGUGGGAUUCUUGGAGGAGAAAACAUUCCCUCUUGCAGUGGUAAGAACAAGGGGCAGUUCUCUGCCCCUGCUCCCAGCCCCCUCCUUCCUCUCCCCUUGUCCUGAUGCCUCAAGGCUGAGGAGAAACACUGUAUCCAGACAGGCCUUUGGGCACUUCUCUGUAGAAAGUAGUUAGCAGGGCUUUGGAGAAAAGAGCAGUUCUGCAGCUGGCCUUGUUGCUUCCUCACCCCCUUUCUGUGCAUCGUGCUCUUGCUGCUGCCUCCUGGGCUCCAACAGAAAGGCAAGGCUGCGGAGCUUAGGUGGGUG